AUGGAUCUCUGGAGGUUCUCUGAUCCAACCCUCCUGCACAAGCGGGGCCAACUGGAACCAGUUGUCCAGCUGGUUGGUGGCGAAUUUGAUCUAGAGAUGAACUUUAUAAUCCAGGAUGCAGAGAGCAUCACGUGCAUGUCAGAGCUUUUGGAGCACUGUGAUGUAACGUGCCAAGCAGAAAUCUGGAGUAUGUUCACAGCAAUUCUACGUAAAAGUGUCCGUAAUUUACAGACUAGCACGGAAGUUGGUUUAAUUGAGCAGGUACUGCUGAAGAUGAGUACUGUGGACGACAUGAUUGCAGAUCUUCUAGUUGAUAUGUUGGGGGUUCUUGCCAGCUACAGCAUCACUGUCAAAGAGUUGAAGCUUUUGUUCAGCAUGCUUCGAGGCGAAAAUGGAAUCUGGCCAAGACAUGCGGUUAAACUAUUAUCAGUCCUUAAUCAGAUGCCACAGAGACAUGGGCCUGAUACCUUUUUCAACUUCCCAGGCUGUAGUGCUGCAGCAAUUGCAUUGCCUCCUAUUGCUAAGUGGCCUUAUCAAAAUGGGUUUACUCUUAACACCUGGUUUCGUAUGGAUCCGCUAAACAAUAUCAAUGUAGAUAAGGAUAAACCCUAUCUCUAUUGUUUCCGCACUAGCAAAGGUGUUGGGUAUUCUGCUCAUUUUGUUGGCAACUGCUUAAUAGUUACAUCAUUGAAGUCAAAAGGCAAAGGUUUCCAGCACUGUGUGAAGUAUGACUUUCAGCCACGCAAGUGGUACAUGAUAAGCAUUGUACACAUCUAUAAUCGAUGGAGAAACAGUGAAAUACGAUGUUAUGUGAAUGGUCAACUGGUAUCCUAUGGUGACAUGGCCUGGCAUGUUAACACAAAUGAUAGCUAUGAUAAAUGUUUUCUUGGCUCUUCGGAGACUGCUGAUGCUAAUAGAGUGUUCUGUGGCCAGCUUGGAGCAGUGUAUGUAUUCACUGAAGCACUCAACCCCGCACAGAUUUUUGCAAUACAUCAGUUAGGACCUGGAUAUAAGAGCACAUUCAAAUUUAAAUCUGAGAGUGACAUUCAUCUGGCUGAGCACCAUAAACAAGUGCUAUAUGAUGGGAAACUUGCAAGUAGCAUUGCUUUUACUUAUAAUGCAAAGGCUACUGAUGCUCAGCUAUGCCUUGAAUCCUCACCAAAGGAAAACCCUUCAAUUUUUGUACACUCCCCCCAUGCUCUUAUGCUUCAGGAUGUGAAAGCUAUAGUAACCCACUCCAUUCACAGCGCAAUUCAUUCAAUUGGAGGGAUUCAAGUUCUUUUUCCUCUCUUUGCCCAGUUAGACAAUCGACAGCUGCAUGACAGUCAGGUGGAAACAACAGUUUGUGCUACCCUAUUGGCUUUCUUGGUUGAGCUUCUUAAGAGUUCAGUAGCCAUGCAAGAACAAAUGCUUGGUGGAAAAGGCUUUCUAGUCAUUGGCUACCUCCUUGAAAAGUCAUCUAGAGUUCAUAUAACCAGAGCAGUUCUGGAACAAUUUUUGUCAUUUGCAAAAUAUUUGGAUGGAUUGUCUCAUGGAGCACCUCUACUGAAGCAAUUAUGUGAUCACAUCCUUUUUAAUCCUGCUAUCUGGAUACAUACCCCUGCAAAGGUGCAGCUGUCUUUGUAUACCUACUUGUCAGCUGAAUUCAUUGGAACUGCUACAAUCUAUAACACUAUACGCAGAGUAGGAACAGUACUGCAGUUAAUGCACACGCUGAAAUACUACUACUGGGUGGUUAAUCCUGCUGAUAGCAGUGGAAUUACUCCUAAAGGAUUAGAUGGUCCUCGGCCCUCACAGAAAGAAAUCAUAUCACUAAGGGCAUUUAUGCUUCUGUUUUUGAAACAACUUAUAUUGAAGGAUCGAGGAGUGAAAGAAGAUGAACUGCAGAGCAUAUUAAACUACUUAUUAACAAUGCAUGAGGAUGAAAAUAUUCACGAUGUGCUGCAGCUGCUAGUGGCACUAAUGUCCGAACAUCCAGCAUCCAUGAUACCUGCCUUUGAUCAGAGAAAUGGGAUACGAGUAAUAUAUAAGUUAUUGGCUUCCAAAAGUGAGAGUAUAUGGGUGCAAGCUUUGAAGGUUCUUGGAUAUUUUCUUAAACACUUGGGUCAUAAGCGAAAGGUUGAAAUCAUGCAUACUCACAGUCUUUUCACACUUCUUGGAGAAAGAUUGAUGCUGCAUACAAACACAGUGACCGUUACCACAUACAACACGCUUUAUGAGAUUUUGACAGAACAAGUAUGCACUCAAGUUGUUCAUAAACCGCAUCCAGAGCCAGAUUCUACAGUGAAAAUACAGAAUCCAAUGAUUCUUAAGGUGGUGGCAACGCUGUUAAAAAACUCCACGCCAAGUGCAGAGCUGAUGGAAGUUCGACGUUUAUUCUUAUCUGAUAUGAUAAAACUCUUUAGUAAUAGCCGUGAAAACAGAAGAUGUUUACUUCAGUGUUCAGUGUGGCAGGACUGGAUGUUUUCUCUGGGAUACAUUAACCCUAAGAACUCUGAAGAGCAGAAGAUCACAGAGAUGGUUUACAACAUUUUCCGUAUUCUCUUGUAUCAUGCAAUAAAAUAUGAAUGGGGAGGAUGGAGAGUGUGGGUGGAUACUCUUUCUAUAGCUCAUUCCAAGGUCACAUAUGAGGCUCACAAGGAGUAUCUAGCAAAAAUGUAUGAAGAGUAUCAAAGGCAAGAGGAAGAAAACAUCAAAAAGGGGAAGAAGGGGAAUGUGAGCACUAUCUCAGGUCUUUCCUCUCAGACAACAGGAGCAAAAGGUGGAAUGGAAAUUCGAGAGAUAGAAGACCUUUCACAAAGUCAAAGUCCAGAAAGUGAAACAGAUUACCCUGUCAGUACAGAUACGAGGGACUUACUUAUGGCUACAAAGGUGUCAGAUGAUGUGCUUGGAAGUGCUGAGAGACCAGGAGGAGGAGUGCAUGUGGAAGUUCAUGACCUUUUAGUUGAUAUAAAAGCUGAAAAGGUAGAAGCUACUGAAGUAAAACUGGAUGAUAUGGAUUUAUCACCAGAAACACUGGUAACUGGAGAAAAUGGUGCACUUGUAGAAGUCGAAUCACUUCUAGAUAAUGUAUAUAGUGCUGCUGUUGAGAAGCUCCAAAAUAAUGUUCAUGGAAGUGUGGGUAUUAUUAAGAAGAAUGAAGAAAAAGAUAAUGGUCCAUUAAUAACUCUGGCUGAUGAGAAAGAUGAACCUUCUAAUAACAGUACCUCAUUUCUCUUUGAUAAAAUACCUAGUCAGGAGGAGAAACUUCUACCUGAACUUUCAAGUAAUCACAUUUCUAUUCCAAAUGUGCAAGAGACGCAGAUGCAUCUUGGUGUAAACGAUGAUUUGGGAUUGCUUGCACAUAUGACAGGUAGUGUAGAUAUAACAUGUGCUUCAAGUAUAAUAGAGGACAAGGAGUUCAAGAUUCAUACAACUUCAGAUGGAAUGAGUAGCAUUUCUGAGAGGGACUUGGCUUCGUCAUCUAAAGGAUUAGAAUAUGCUGAAAUGACUGCCACAACUCUUGAGACAGAGUCUUCUGGUAGCAAAACUGUACCUAGUGUUGAUGCAGGAAGUAUAAUAUCAGAUACAGAAAGAUCUGAUGAUGGUAAGGAAGCAGGAAAGGAGAUACGGAAGAUCCAGACAACUACCACAACCCAGGCGGUACAGGGUCGAUCUGUUACCCAGCAAGACCGGGAUUUACGUGUUGACUUGGGAUUUCGAGGAAUGCCAAUGACAGAAGAGCAACGACGACAGUUUAGUCCAGGUCCACGCACAACUAUGUUUCGUAUCCCAGAGUUUAAAUGGUCUCCCAUGCACCAGCGGCUCCUGACAGACUUGCUUUUUGCACUAGAAACAGAUGUACAUGUUUGGAGAAGUCACUCCACAAAGUCUGUGAUGGACUUUGUCAAUAGCAAUGAAAAUAUUAUUUUUGUACACAACACAAUACACCUCAUUUCCCAGAUGGUAGACAAUAUUAUUAUUGCUUGUGGAGGAAUUUUACCAUUGCUGUCAGCAGCCACAUCCCCAACUGGUUCUAAGACUGAAUUGGAAAAUAUUGAAGUGACACAAGGAAUGUCAGCAGAGACAGCAGUAACUUUUCUCAGCCGUCUGAUGGCAAUGGUUGAUGUACUAGUAUUUGCCAGUUCUCUAAAUUUUAGUGAGAUUGAAGCUGAAAAAAACAUGUCUUCUGGAGGUCUAAUGCGACAGUGCCUAAGGCUUGUUUGUUGUGUGGCUGUGAGAAACUGCUUAGAAUGUCGGCAGAGGCAGAGAGAGAGAGUGACCAAGACAUCAUUAAUCAGCAGUAAAACUCAAGAGGCUCUUCAGGGUGUAACUGCGUCAGCAGCGACCAAGACUCCCCUUGAAAAUGUCCCUGGCAAUCUUUCUCCUAUAAAAGACCCUGAUAGGCUCCUUCAGGAUGUUGAUAUUAAUCGGCUACGAGCAGUUGUUUUUCGUGAUGUGGAUGACAGCAAACAAGCUCAGUUCUUAGCUUUGGCAGUAGUCUACUUUAUUUCUGUUCUGAUGGUUUCCAAGUACCGUGAUAUACUAGAACCGCAACGAGAAACUGCAAGGUCUGGGAGCCAAGCAGGUAGAAAUAUCAGACAAGAAAUAAAUUCGCCAACAAGUACAGUUGUGGUCAUACCAUCUAUCCCUCACCCAAGUUUGAACCAUGGAUUCCUUGCCAAGUUAAUUCCUGAACAGAGCUUUGCCCACUCAUUUUACAAAGAGACACCAACUGUAUUUCCAGAAAAUAUCAAAGAUAAAGAAACACCAACACCAGUUGAAGAUAUUCAGCUGGAAAGCUCUAUUCCUCAUACAGAUUCUGGAAUUGGAGAUGAACAGAUGCCCAAUAUUUUGAAUGGGACAGACUUGGAGAACAGCACUGGCCCUGAUGCUAUGAGUGAGCUGUUGUCUACUUUGUCUUCAGAAGUGAAGAAAUCUCAGGAGAGCUUAACAGAAAGCCCCAGUGAAAUCCUGAAACCUGCAUCAUCAAUAUCCAGUAUCAGCCAAAGUAAAGGCAUCAAUGUCAAGGAAAUACUGAAAAGUCUUGUGGCAGCCCCUGUUGAAAUUGCAGAAUGUGGUCCGGAUCCGAUCCCUUACCCAGAUCCUGCACUGAAGAGAGAAGCUCAGGCUAUUCUUCCCAUGCAGUUUCAUUCAUUUGACAGGAGUGUGGUUGUACCAGUAAAGAAACCCCCUCCAGGUAGUCUGGCUGUUACCACAGUUGGAGCUGCCACUGCUGGGAGUGGACUACCACCGGGUAGUACACCUAAUAUAUUUGCUGCAACAGGAGCUACACCAAAAAGUAUGAUUAAUACAACAGGUGCAGUAGACUCAGGAUCAUCUUCUUCCUCUUCGUCAUCCAGCUUUGUAAAUGGUGCUACCAGCAAAAAUCUCCCAGCUGUCCAAACUGUUGCUCCAAUGCCAGAGGAUUCAGCUGAAAACAUGAGUAUCACUGCAAAGCUUGAAAGAGCCUUAGAAAAGGUGGCCCCUCUCCUGCGAGAAAUUUUUGUUGAUUUUGCCCCCUUCCUGUCCCGAACAUUGUUGGGCAGUCAUGGACAAGAGCUGUUGAUUGAAGGUCUGGUUUGUAUGAAAUCAAGUACUUCAGUGGUUGAACUUGUUAUGCUACUUUGUUCACAGGAAUGGCAAAAUUCUAUUCAGAAGAAUGCAGGACUUGCAUUUAUUGAGCUCAUCAAUGAAGGAAGAUUACUAUGUCAUGCCAUGAAAGACCAUAUAGUGCGUGUCGCAAAUGAAGCAGAAUUUAUUUUGAACCGACAAAGAGCUGAAGAUGUCCACAAGCAUGCUGAGUUUGAGUCACAGUGUGCUCAGUAUGCUGCUGACAGAAGAGAGGAGGAGAAGAUGUGUGAUCAUCUUAUCAGUGCUGCUAAGCAUCGAGAUCAUGUUACAGCCAAUCAGCUGAAACAGAAGAUACUCAAUAUACUCACAAAUAAGCAUGGUGCCUGGGGAGCUGUUUCUCACAGCCAACUGCAUGACUUCUGGCGCUUGGAUUACUGGGAAGAUGAUUUGCGCCGGCGGAGACGAUUUGUUCGCAAUGCUUUUGGGUCUACUCAUUCUGAUGCUCUCCUGAAAGCUGCUGUGGAAUAUGGCACUGAAGAGGAUGUAGUGAAGUCAAAGAAAACUUUCCGAAGUCAAGCUGUGGUAAAUCAGAAUGCAGAAACAGAGCUUAUGCUGGAAGGAGAUGAUGAUGCUGUUAGUCUGCUCCAAGAGAAAGAGAUUGACAACCUUGCAGUUUUAGCUCCUUUUCUUCCCAGACUGUUCACUUCAAGAGUCGGCCUCUGCAAGAGUUUGCAUCAGACCAGAGCAUGGCCUUCUGAGAGCUGUAAUUUCACCCUCUGUUCUACUUUCCUUUCUUCGGUCCUUGCCUAUACAGAAGGCCUUCAUGGAAAAUGGAUGUUCAGUGAGAUUCGGGCUGUUUUUUCAAGACGUUAUCUUCUCCAGAACACAGCUUUGGAAGUGUUUAUGGCAAACAGAACUUCUGUUAUGUUUAAUUUUCCUGACCAAGCAACAGUGAAAAAAGUUGUGUACAGUUUACCACGUGUUGGAGUAGGAACCAGCUAUGGUUUGCCACAAGCCAGGAGAAUCUCUCUGGCCACUCCCCGACAGCUUUAUAAAUCCUCCAACAUGACUCAGCGCUGGCAGAGACGGGAGAUAUCUAACUUUGAAUACUUGAUGUUCCUCAACACUAUAGCAGGACGAACGUACAAUGAUUUGAACCAAUACCCUGUAUUUCCAUGGGUUUUAACAAACUAUGAAUCCGAAGAGUUAGACCUGACCCUUCCAGGGAACUUCAGAGAUCUUUCAAAGCCUAUUGGUGCUUUGAACCCAAAGAGAGCAGUCUUCUAUGCAGAACGGUAUGAGACAUGGGAAGAUGAUCAGACUCCACCUUAUCAUUACAACACCCACUACUCUACAUCAACAUCUACAUUGGCUUGGCUUGUUCGUAUUGAGCCCUUCACAACAUUCUUUCUAAAUGCAAAUGAUGGCAAGUUUGACCACCCAGAUCGAACCUUCUCUUCAGUAGCCAGGUCUUGGAGGAACAGCCAAAGAGAUACUUCAGAUGUGAAGGAGUUAAUUCCAGAGUUUUACUACCUACCAGAGAUGUUUGUCAACAGUAAUGGCUAUAAUCUAGGAAUCAGGGAAGAUGAAGUUGUUGUGAAUGAUGUUGAUCUCCCGCCAUGGGCCAAGAAGCCUGAAGACUUCGUCCGUAUCAACAGGAUGGCCCUGGAAAGCGAGUUUGUAUCAUGUCAACUUCAUCAGUGGAUUGACCUUAUAUUUGGCUACAAGCAACGAGGACCAGAAGCAGUGCGUGCACUCAAUGUUUUCCACUACCUAACAUAUGAAGGCUCUGUGAACCUGGACAGUAUCACUGAUCCUGUCCUCAGGGAGGCCAUGGAGGCGCAGAUACAGAACUUUGGACAGACGCCAUCGCAGUUGCUUAUUGAGCCCCAUCCACCUCGGAGCUCUGCCAUGCACCUGUGUUUCCUUCCACAGAGCCCCCUCAUGUUUAAAGAUCAGAUGCAGCAGGAUGUCAUCAUGGUGCUGAAGUUCCCAUCAAAUUCCCCUGUCACACAUGUGGCAGCCAACACGCUGCCCCACCUGACCAUUCCUGCUGUGGUGACUGUCACCUGCAGCAGGCUGUUCGCAGUCAAUCGGUGGCACAACACAGUAGGCCUUCGAGGAGCCCCAGGAUAUUCUUUGGAUCAAGCCCAUCAUCUUCCAAUCGAAAUGGAUCCAUUGAUUGCCAAUAACUCUGGUGUGAACAAACGGCAGAUCACAGACCUUGUGGAUCAGAGCAUACAGAUCAAUGCACAUUGCUUCGUGGUCACAGCAGAUAAUCGCUACAUUCUUAUCUGUGGUUUCUGGGACAAGAGCUUUCGAGUUUAUUCUACGGAAACAGGAAAAUUAACUCAGAUUGUGUUUGGACACUGGGAUGUCGUGACUUGCCUUGCCAGAUCAGAGUCCUAUAUCGGUGGUGAUUGCUACAUUGUGUCUGGGUCUCGUGACGCUACAUUGCUGCUUUGGUACUGGAGUGGCCGACAUCAUAUUAUAGGUGACAAUCCAAACAGCAGUGAUUAUCCAGCUCCUCGUGCUGUUCUAACUGGUCAUGACCAUGAAGUUGUCUGCGUGUCAGUCUGUGCAGAGCUGGGACUUGUUAUCAGUGGUGCUAAAGAAGGUCCUUGUCUGGUACACACAAUUACUGGAGAUUUGCUGAGAGCCCUGGAAGGAACAGAAAACUGCUUGUAUCCUCGCUUAAUUUCAGUAUCUAGUGAAGGUCACUGCAUCAUCUACUAUGAACGAGGACGGUUCAGCAAUUUCAGCAUUAAUGGCAAACUCUUAGCUCAGAUGGAGAUCAAUGAUUCAACCAGGGCCAUCCUCCUGAGCAGCGAUGGGCAGAACCUGGUGACAGGGGGAGACAAUGGUGUAGUGGAAGUAUGGCAGGCCUGUGACUUCAAGCAGCUCUAUAUUUACCCUGGCUGUGAUGCUGGCAUAAGAGCUAUGGAUCUGUCUCAUGAUCAGAGAACUCUGAUUACUGGCAUGGCUUCUGGCAGCAUUGUAGCUUUUAAUAUAGAUUUUAACCGGUGGCAUUAUGAACAUCAGAACAGAUACUGAAGUGGAAUGAAGAACUGAAAGCCCAGGUAGAGCUGAGAGCACAAGUGCUGCAAUGAAAGGUGUAGUCUCUGGUGGAAAACCACGUCUGCAUUGACCUCCGUUGUACAUUCCAUUACACCCAGCAAUAGCUGUACAUUGUAGUCAGCAACCAUUUUACUUUGUGUGUUUUUUCACAACUGAACACCAGCUGCUGAAAAGCAAGCUUGUAUCAUGUAAAUUAUAUGAAUUAGGAAAUGUUUUGGUAAUUAUUUCAUAUAUCUUUGUUUAUUGAGAAAAGGUAGUAGGAUGCGCCACAAAAGACUUUUGAAAAUUCUGGGGAACCUUGUGUCCAGUUAUUUCAAUGUUUAGGCUUUGAACCUAACAUGCAUCCCAUCUCCAGCCUCUUUUCAAGCUGAGAUAAAAAAAAUACGUUUGAUACUUUGUACAUCAGAUGCACAUCUUAACUUUAAAGGGAUACUUUUGUAAAAGUAAAACCUUGUAUAAAGAACAAAACUGUUUCUUAAUUUUAUUGUGGAGUUACAACUUGCAUGUACUUUAAACCUGAUGUCUUGAAGGAACAGGUGCAUUCACACAAAUCAAACUGGAGAUCUGCCUAAGGGUACAGCUUGUGUUAAAGGGUUGAAUUUGGGCGCAAACAGUAAUUUUAACAUUUCCACCAACACAUGUUUUUCACUUUUUGAAUCUAAACUUUACCCCUCUUAAGUGGAGUUCUGCUCAUGAAGUAUCUGGAUAAAAAGCCAUCAUUUGCCAUAUUUAUACUUUAUACAAUAGAAAUUAAAUUCCUCCCUUUUAAAUUCAAAGACUAGACAGAAAGGGAGCAAAGAGGGAAGUUCAGUUUAAUGCUUUGUAAUGCUUAAUGACUCCCAAUACAGACAAAGUGCUAUACUUCUGGAUUAUUAACAUUUGGCAUAAAAAUCAUGGGCAAGAGAGCCCCCAGUGUUUUUUUCACUUAUUUUUCCUCUGAGUAGCUUGGUUUAUUUGACAGCCUUAGCUUCAUUGUAAAGGCGACUGAGGUUAUUCUUUUUGGUUCUUCUGAAAAUCUCACCUGAAGCCACUCAGACUAAGGCACUUCAUGUUUUACAAUACUGUAAUGAUAACUAUUGGAAUAAUUUUCUGCACAUUGUACUGAUCAAAUUACACACCCAGGGGUAUAUACACUUUAAUUCAUGUUUCUUCUUUGUAUAUUUGGUGACUGUAUUGUCAUAGAUGUACAUAUUGUGUCGGUAGGGCUAUGAGGCAUGUAACAGGAAUGUAAUUUUCUCAGAAUUUACACUCACUUGCAGUCAUUUAUUUAAAAAGAUAAUGGAUUCUUUGUAUUGGCACUUUGCACCAGAAACAUAUCAUUAUUUAUUGAUGUGAUUACUUAUUUGUUAUCCACCUUGUAUUAGUAAGUUUAGCACUGAAUUUCCUUCUUCAUUGUUGUUUGUAUUUAUGAUUCUGAAAUCAUGGGGAUCAGCGUAAUGAUUAAGUUAUUCAUCACCCGUCUGUAAGCAAUAUCUUGAGUUAGUAGCUUAGAAUUGGGAGACUAUUGAACAUCUGGAAGACAAGUUCAUUUCAUCUUGAGAUCAUGGUGAAAUAUUUUGGAUAUAUAAAUUCCUUAAGCUAUUGUAACCAUGUUUUAUUGCAAAGAUGUAAAAUAUGCCAGAUGUGUGUGAGUUGGAAAUCAAAAAGAAAAAUAAAAUAUGCAAAGAAUUCA